AUGGCACCUCCCAAACGCGUCGUAUCUCCCUCAUCGCCUUCAGGAUCAUCCGCGAAGAAGGUUCGCGCCCCCCCCAGUGGCGCCGAAUUUGAGACGCAACCACCGGAUGAUCAGGGGUUAUCCUCAGUGGAUGGAGAGGCCGUAGGAGAACCUGCUGCUGUUGAAGACAUUGCUGUCGGUCGAAGCACUCACCUGGCUGCACCAUUGGCGGGCGGGCGUGCGUUGGAAGAUGCUCCUCAGGCUGGGCUGGCGGAAGUGAAGUAUGUGGAUGAUUCUGACGAGCAACAUGCGGCUUGGGAUGCAGGGGUAAUGGUGGUCGUCCGCAAGGAGGGUAUCUCUCCACAGGUCUUCUCUUUUACUGUUGCUGCUACUCUACUGCAGAUUAUUCUUCGCGACAUCAAGACAUCUGUGAAACCUGCACUACUGGAUCGUGACCAGAUCAAGCUCAGUGAGCUUCUACUACAACAUCGAGACACGCUGCUACCCGCGUUAGAGCAAGCCCUUCGAACAGGACGUUUCGCUGCUGUACGCUGCAUGGCGCUACUCCGUGAGGAUGCAACGUCUUCGUCAUCUGAGGGGACCAACGCUGAUUUCAUUCAUACACCAUCAUCGGGACCGAUAAUGCCUCCACGACUGCGGGCUCAAGCUCCGACGUCUUUUGCGGACAUAGAGAGAGCUAUCCUCGAUUUUGAAAAGAAAAUACGUCCCGAACUGCAACGAUACGUCAUGGGCAACCAUCCUACAUUCAAUCCUCCAUCUUCGGCAGCGAAGGACAGCACCCUGUUCAUAGAUGGUAUAGGAGGUCUGUCUGAGAAGGACCCUGCCGUGCGAGGAAGAGUCGAAAAACUCUUCUCUGGCGAAACGGAUGCCGAUCAAAGUCUUCACCUCUUGUUCAAUACUUCUGGUACAGGAAAGACGACGCUGCUUGUCGAAGGCUUGUGCCGCAACUGGGGUCUAUAUGUGGUGUCAUGCUAUGACGAAAAUCAUCCCAUGGGAUCCAAAGAUGUCGAUACUGCAUGGAAAUUUCUCCAAAUCGAUCCUGGAUUCACUCCUAAGGUACCCCUCACACCGACCAAGAACGACGCAUUGGCAAAUAAUGUCAAGAUCGCUGCGCGAACAUUCCGCUCGGUUUUGCUCGCACGUCUGAGCAUCCUCGAUUUCUUCCUCCGUUGCGCUCCAGCCCAUGUCAACGAGGCGGACUUACGACGCCGAUGGGUGUACCUUCAACUUCGACCUUCUCGCCUAUUCCAAAAAAUGGACAUCUUCAAUGAGUUAUUCCGAACGAUAUACACGGUUCAAGAUGACAGCGCUGUGCGAAAUAGAAUCUUCGCCUUGCAGAAAGCCAUUUGCGAAGACGUCCACGUCAAUGUCGGUUCUCUCUUCUUUGCGCUCGACGAAGCCCAGGUUGCAUCACAGAGGGGAACAGAUGCUUUCUACUCAGCGACAUCCGGUGGUGGGCAGCGAAGUGUGCUAUGCGAGAUGUACAAUGCUUGGUCCGAAUUCUCUAUGCCUAUGAUUAUCUCUGGGACAGGUCUUCCGCUAGAGCUCGUCAUGAACUCGACCACAUCCGCGAUGGGAAAGGAAGUAAUGUGGCCGAAGCUUUUCUCAGAUACCGGAUUUUUCGACGACGAGGACCGUAUGCGAAGUUACAUCAUCGACCGGGUUUGGCCCACCCGCGAAUUGACCGAUACUGAAGACCAAAUUUUGAAGCGUGCUUGGCGCUGGCUCCGGGGAAGACACCGUUUGACCGCCGGGUACACAUUACUCCUGCAAAGGAUGGGCGUCGCAUCCGCGAACAAGAUUUUAGACGCUUACAUCAAAGUCCUCACGGAUGGUUUUGAGGCGACGGAUGGGAAAGCCUUCGUGCGAAAGGAACCUGACAUCGACGUAACCACGGUGGCCAUCUUUUCCAGGAUCGAUUUCUCCUCGCUGCGGGAUCCGCGGAACGCCAGACUCGAGGGGCUAAUCUUCCGAGCCGUUAUGAACGUGGUCGUGCGGAACCGGUCGCACAUGUUCUUUGCUGAGUUCGUCGACGCUGUCUCCCUUGGCUUUGCUCGCGUGACGCCAGAAAAGGGUCUUGUCGAUUUCUCAGGCCAAACCGAGUCAGUCAAGCAAUUACCCCAGCGCAUCGACGAGCCUCUUGUUGUGGCGGCUGCACUGCGCUACUUCCUGUCUCGUCCUAGCCGUUCGAUGCGAGACUUCGUCGCAAGGCCCAUACAAGGUGUUGAAGAAGCAUCUACUCUCGGGUUCGCUGUGGAGAACGUCGUGACGAUCACACUGGCUCGUGUUUUCAAGGAUGGCGCUGCGUCGUUGUGUGACGCCUUCACUCUGUGUAAGAGCGACGGACAGGCUUGGCUGUCGGAGCCAGUGCAUCUUGUUUCUAUCACAGGACGAACCACUGACGGCACGUUCCUCUUCGAAGACUCUGGUCUCGGUCAGCGUGCGGUCCCCUUGCUCGGCUACGAAGCCUCCAGCCCUGAGGAAGUCGAGGACUGGUUGAGAUGCGCGAAGAGUAUCUUCUGCUUUCCGGAUGCGACGAUGGGUCCUGAUAUCAUGUUCCUCGUGAGAUGCGGUGUUCAACUCGUUUGGGUGUUGGUUCAAGUGAAGCGUCUCGCAGUCGAAGCACUUACCACCGCGGAGACAAAUCUUCGCAAUGUCGAUCCCGGCAGGUUCUAUCGUGCAAGGGAUGGACAACCACACUGUCCCAAGUCACGACAGGGUCUUACCGAGAAGACUCGGAAACUUAUGAACAUCCCCGGUACUCCAGUGGUGCGAUUGGCGGUGUCGUUCCCCGCUGACCCGCACGUGGACAUUCUGGAGGAAGCGGGGUCAGCAGGAGAAAUCAUUGCGACGUUCGAUAGGUUGGCGGAAGAUGUGGAGCUCAGCGAGGCGUUGGCGAUCUUGAGCGCGUACAUGCCGAAGUAA